AUGGAGCAAUCAACGCUGCAUUCCGCGCCGCCCUGCGUGGAAGAGUUGAUCCUCUCAGGCUCCGAUAUAAAUGUGCUUAACCGUACAGCACUUUCACUAUGGCACUUUCGACAAAUGGUGGUAGAGUUGGUGCCGUCUGUAGCUGCGUCCGUUGAUCCCGAAGAAGAUCACAGCCUUAGAUCGCCCGAUAAAGUCGUCGCGCCAUAUCCCAAUCGCGGAAUAGAAUUGGGUGAGGGCAUGAAUGUAGCCGCUGUGUUGUAUAAGGAGGAUAAAAAGGCUUUAGAUAUUGGGAAGAAAAGUGUGGACGCAGAGUUGUCAGAAGAUCACAGGAACUGGAUAGAUAGACCAACGCUGCGACAGCAAGGCAAAACAACGCACAUAGUAGGACGCUUGACGCCGAACACCCGUGUUUCCGCUGUAUUCGAACGAUACCGAUGCGUUCUCUGUCUAGACGCGUCACCAUCUAUAUUAUCCAUCGACCCGUCAUCUGGACGGCUUUUCUUAGACCUGCUGUACGAAAGUGUGGAACUUUUUAUUUGGAGCAUGUUGAGGCCUAUGGAAAUAGGAGGCGAGGCUUUUACUCCAGAGAUCCAUGUGUCAGUAUUGGUGCAAGGAGCACUCGUUGAAUCGCUUUGCGUAUUGAUGCAGGGUUACAUUGUCACCCCACUAAAUGCUUUAAAAUUCUUACAGCUCAUAAAGGAACGACUCCAGCUCAUCGAAAACGACUGGGCACUUCUAACCCAAAAACGCGGUCAGUGGGGGUAUUUAGGAAACGCUACACCAGCAUCACUGGAUUGGAUCCUGCAAAACGUCGUGUUUGCACUCAAUUCAUUGCCGACAGAUUGUACACCAAUGAUGGUACUAGUUACAGAUGGCGUGGUGGAUGUUCGGGAUGUAUAUUCGUAUGACAAUUUACUGAUGCAGCUCGUCCGCCAUGAUGUUCAGUGCCAUUUUUUGAGGAUCGGUGGUGGUGAUGAGGAUGAGCUGAACUUGACGUUUGGAUUCGUACCAGAUACUCAUCUGCUGCGUUUUGUAGCUGAAUACACUGGUGGUACGGUGUUUAAUUACGCAGCGCUCUGUGAAGCCUGCUACGCCACAACGAGUAUCUCGAGCAAUGUUGUUCAAAAGAUGACCGAUUUACAGGAUGCGUGUUUUGUUCGAAAAUCGAGUGUGCACGCAAAUUCAGCACCCGUGGUAAAGCUCAACGAAAUGAAUAGCACAUCAUUUGACAAACGAACACUGUUGCCUCUUCGGCCAUAUCGGAUGUGGCGUGAUAAAGUUCACGAAUAUCGUAUUUUUGCCGACGUUAAUCGUAUCGUCGAGGCACGAUUUCGUGAAGGAUUCUUGAUCAAUAAGGUUUAUGUCAGGAAUUACCAUCAGCCUCUCGUGACGGACAAAGGUACAAUUGAUUCCCCAGGUAGUAACAAUACAGCGCCAAGCAACGAAUCCACUAAGAUUCUAAUUGUGUUUCUACUCCAAUGGAAAGAGAAUGUAUGGAUCGAGUACGUAGUCUCAUCUACGACUGAUAACUCAGCGACACAAGCAGGAUCAGCAGGUACUAUACCGCACUUAGGCCGCCGGUCAAGCGGUCAGGGCAUGAGAGGAAUGAGUUCUUCAUUUUCUACAAGAAAGGUGUCUACUAUUGUUUCGAAGGAUCAGAAAGCGGCGUGGAGAGAGUGGCACGUGAAAAUGAAUAUCUUGGCGUACGCAGACUUUCUUCGUGCAUUUAAAGACGCGAUACAGCGCUCGCCAGUUGGCACAGACCGUGGUGGCUCAUCCAGGGACUCUUCGGGAAAAAUCUCCUUGUCAUCGCCGCAUUUUGUGCAAGAUUUUAUCCGUAAUGUUCAGGAUGUUGAUCGUGUGUUGCUGCAUCUAAUGACGGCAACAGCUAGCAUUAACGAGAGUAACGACUCGUGUGCUAGCCAGUUUUCUUUUGGAACAAGUACAAGUGUGGAUUCUGUUUCAAGAACUUCUAAAAUCACAAGCUCUCACCCAGUCUUUAACAUCAUUGGAGAGCUAUCAACGGUGCUGUGGCAUCGCUGGUUCACUGUGGAGCGGCUUGAAAUUUUGUGCAUCGUCAAAAGUGAUGCGUGCGCCGACUAUUUUUACAAAAAUGAACUGCACAAUGCAGUUGAAGGUGGCAACCAAAGCUCGCUUUUGGACACUUUAAAAAUUACUUCACACCGAGCAAUUCACACUAAUGGCGUAAAUGUGUAUGGGAUGAGCAAUGGGCAUAUAUCAAUUGGAGUUGAAAGUCUUGCCGAGCCACUUAUGGCAAUACUAGUCAAGUGGUCGUCUCAGAAGCUUUCGCGGGACUUAUUUUUGAAGUUUCUCCCACCAACUUUCUCGGACAAAGGUCAUGCGCAUCCUAGAAAUAAGGCAUCGCCAGCUUCGGCAACGACAUCUGGAGGGGUCGCUCAACGGCGAAGACAACGCAGUCAUACCGGUAUGUCUGCAGAAGAUGCUGGUAAUGGUGACAAUAACACGAGUACUAGCGAAAGCAAUGGAGCCCUUUGCUUUGUGCGGCUUGAGGUUAAAAACAAAACGCUGUGCACUGUAAAUGUGGCUUUUUUCGCGACGAGGUCAUCAACUCGACGCCGUGUAUUGAAUGAUCUAAAGAGUACAAUAUUUGCUGGUAUAAAUGAAGGUCCUGGGACACUUUCUCCAGCAAAGUUGCUCCCGCCGUUGCCGGCUGAGGUUUCGGUAAUUCUUUGUCACCGUAUGCUGAGCCGCUUGCUUGUUACCCACGACACCCUUCUCCUCCACGAACUUGACCAGACAUCUGAUUCUUUUGACUAUUACACAGCAUCGCCAUCGUUGGGAUCUGAGAAGGAUGCAGGAGCAGUUCCUUUUUCAUCUAAAUGCUGUGGGGGAAGUGAGAUGCAAUUACAAAGAGUUUUUGGCGCUUACGUAUGGCAUUCAAGCUGGAAAUGGGAAGUGGCGAACUUACAGACAUUAUUGGAUGUGAUGCGACGCCUUCAUGAUGCCCAUACAUGCUUGAUGACCUCUUUUUGGAUGGAACCUCAGCAUGGUACCGUCAAGACACAGUUAUCUAAUGAAGUUGGCCACCACGAUACUUUGCAUUGGAGUCUGAAACAAGCCAUCGGGCACAGCAUGCCGUUCGAAAGAUAUGAGAGCUAUAGUGCACACCAAACCAGCAUUGCUCGUGCUUCUACCCUGGUGCCUAUUCCAUCUCCAAGCCCCGAAAAUGCUGAGCACAAGCCGUUAACACCAGAAAAUGUGAGCUCUGGAUGGCUCAAAAGCUCCACUUAUCUAGGUGAAAGUGAACUGUUGCAUCUCAUCCGUAAUUAUUUCAUUGAAAGUGACUGCCACCUUCUAUCGUGUCUGUACACCUUCGAUUGCAUCAUGAAUUUGCGCGAGAACAUUGAGAUGUCAAAUGCGUUGAGCAAAAAUGCUGGUUGUGUUGUUGGCUCUAGCUGGAAUAUGGAUAGAAUAAUGGCAGCAGAAAACGGUAUGAUUCUUCCUCCGUUUAGCACAGCAAGACUUCUAUCCUCUUCAAAGCGAUCAUCGCAACAUUUUUUGAUGUACCUGCAAAGUGGCAAAAGCUCUAUGAGGGCCGAAAAUACGCCAUUGGCUGAAGCUGUGCCUGCAGUAUCAACAGCUAAUGUGAAUUUGUAUUCAAUGUUAGAGCUUACUCUCAGGGGCCUGAGCGAUUGCGAGGUGGCAUGGACUGACUAUAAUGGAGACGUUGUAGCAGAUUCGAGCUCGACAAGCAACCUCAAAGAGGCUGAUCAAUUUUACUCAGUAGGAAUGAACAGUCAAUUGCCAUUAUGGUUAAAAAAUCAUAUGAAUUUGUCACUUCAGAAAAGCGUGCCACAUCACGCUCUUAGCAAAGGAAGAUGCUUUGCCAAACUUGUGAGCGAUGAUUGCGUCGUGUUGGCAUUUUUUCCAUCCCUGGACACUCUGCAGGUUAGAAAUAAAGGAGCAUUCAUCGGUGAAAAUGAUAAAGGAAUGUCAAGUACGGCUUCUGAAAAGAAGGAAGUACCCGAAAAUCCUGCGCAGAUGUUUUCAGCUUAUGAGUCAGAGCAAGGAAAAUCAAAUCCACAUAAUGUGCGAAUGUCAGUGUCUGCUGAUGAUAUAGUCUUAUACCAAGAGCGUCGGCGCAACUUUCGUGAAAGUUACAAGUCUUGGAGAAUGGGACACUUUCAGGGGUCUCGUGAUGAGAAACAAAGUUACGGUCGAGACUUUCGAAAGCUCCGUCUCCCAUCGAUGCCCGAAGAUCAUGAAUUCUGUGAAGACGUCAGUCGUCGCACGUCGUACGGUUGUGAUUUUCACCUCUUGAUUGAGAGUAGUGGUGGACAUCUUGGCUCAGGCUUUUUUCAAGUUGCCUUUUACGAGUGCUCCCUCUCCCAAUUGGCCAAGAGCGUUCACGAUGACAGCAGCGAGACGCUCGACUGCGUGGAUCUGCCGCACACGAUUAUUAAACAGUUAUUUACAGAACGACGUCAUAAAUCGAGAGAUGAGCGGCCAACUGUACACCUUGAUCGAGGUGGAAUAUGGAGGAAGGCAUCCGAACGCACAUCACUGGAGUCCAACGAAAGCUCACAUUUUCGCUUGAGCUCUGAAACUGCACUUGCGUCUCAUCGAUUUCGCAAAAAGGUUAAAAGGGCGCAUGAGCAUAAUUUUUCGCGUGGUGUUUACAUGGCUCUGCGUGAUGGAGGCACCGUUCAACAUAGCGAUCUGCUUCAGGCGCUGUCAAGCUGCGUUGAAGUACCCACGGAUAUUGAUAUUACGUUAUUGUAUCGUAUGAUGGAGACAGCUGCUGCGCAUAAAUUUAGAUCGUUGAGCCCUGCUACAGCAGUGGUCUCAGCUGGCGUUGGAGCAGAAAUCUUACAGGAAAAGCUGAACAAGUCUUUUGAAACUAUAUUGUCGAGUAUCUUUGUCCCGAUUCCUGGAACCAGGUAUUACUAUUAUACGGGAAGUGAAAACACUAGCUAUGACGACGUGACUGGGACUGAGUAUGAGUUGCAUGUUCUCAUGGAAGAAUUGGACGAUGGAGAUGGCGAUGCUUAUACUGAGCAUAACAAAAAUGAUGAAGAUAGAAGUGUUGUUGCUACCAAUAUUACUAAAAGUAUUGAUACUUCUUGCCUGGAUGCAGAAGUUAGAGGAGAUGCUGAAAGUACGCGUCGCAAACAUGGUAGCUCAAAGGAAGAGGUAUCAAUUCCCAUUGUGACUUCAACCAAGGAUAAUUUGGAAAGUGAGCAUUACGAAGUGAAUGUCGAUGAGGAUGCCGAGUUUAACAAAGAAGUUGCUGUUGCGACUUCCAGCUUUUCAGUUCCUUUCUUCUUAAAAUUUGAAUGUCUCUUUCAAAACAGCUCACGCGAAAUUCGUUCAAAUUCUGCCGAUGCCCUAGCUGAUAAAGUUAUCGCUGACUCUGAAAUGCUUCUCGAUACUACCGCGCACGGUGACCUGCAGAAGGCGAUGGCUACGCACGAGUACCUGUCAUCGCCGAGCAGCCGUCGAAAGGAAUUUAAUGCUUUUUUGGAAUCUUUGCGAACUAGUCAGUCCUUUAAUUCAAUUGAUGUCACGCGAAUCGCUGAGUCAUUUACAAAGGUCCCCUCAGGUCGCAUUGUCUUACGCUUGAUAACGUUGACAUUGCAGAAUGAACAAUCCGUAAAUGGUGGCCGCCAGAUGCCGUUCGAAAUUGACAGCAGUCGGCAGGCUGGUAAAACGAACGGCCUGCGAUCAGUUCGCUCUCGCAGCUAUUCAUUGUUACAUCUGUUUCAGCGUCAGGUUCUAGCCCGGGUGCGAAAUGAUAUUAAAGAAUGGUGCAGCAUGGAGAUUCUGUCAAUUUUGAGAGCAGCCAACGAAAUUACUCCUGCCAUUGGAGGGUUAGUGCAGAGGCUGUUCGACGAUUUACCAAAGCAUGCUGUAACGGAGGCAAAGUUUCCUCUAGAUUUUGUAAGCCAUAGUCAAGCGACACCCGUGAAUCCGCUUGAUCUUUUCAAAUGCGAACUCGAAAAAGGUGACUUACUCAACGUUCAGUUUUGCAACGGCGUCUACUUUGUGGUAAAAAAUAAAAAGGUCAGCGGUGAGGGUGACAACCAUUCGGAUACGAGAAUUGAAAUCCCUUUUUGGGCUUACUUUGAAGUUGAGGCCGACCAUGUUUGUCUGCAUUAUCACCAUGCGGACCAGUUAAGGCCGUCUCGUAACGAGUGUAACCGCUUGGACGUUUUGACCCGUCUUCAGCUUGGGGUUCGUGCUGCAUGCCACCGUGUGAAUCAGUAUUUGUUAUUGCUGCAACUUCACGAAACACGAACAUGCAAUGGUCUACUUUUACCAGCAGACGGCAACUUACCAUCAAGUCCACAUUCACCAAAGCGGCGAGGUGGAUCACAAGGAGAUCUGAUACAAAGUAAUGGGCAGGGAAAUCAGUCCAAUUUCUUUUGGCCUGGUCAAUUCGAGUGCGACUUAUGUUACUCUGCAAUUUUUAAGCUACAUGAACGCUUGGCACCUAACUUCGCACUUAACAUGUUAUGUACGUCAGCGCUGGAGCAGUUCCAAGUGCACAAUCGACGCCACAUGUUUGUUUAUCGUGAUCGUGACGGCCGUGUAUUUUAUAUGAAAAUCAGCAUUUUUUACGACACAAACAUUUCUCCUGACCUGGGUACCCAGACGUUCGAAGAGCGACAAGAACGACAAGAACGCAAUAGCAUUGCUAGAUCGAAUACUGGAGGAAUAAACAACGCAGGUUUAACGAAUUCAUUACCAGCAACAGUGCCUUCUGGGGCUCCUUGCAUUCGGCUCGAAGUAUUCGGGGUAUCUGACGCCGGCGAAGAAGUGACGCAUGAGCUGUGUCGACUGCUAGAGAGGAAGCUAGAUGAAGGAACUCAAGUUGUGCUCAUGAAGUUGUUGGCGCGAAACACGAAAUUCCAGCUGAGCCCGACUGACUUAGCGUUUCUAUGCCCGCCUAAAGCAGAACCUAUAAGUACAGUUGAUUACAUUCUGCCAGCUAAAGUAGCUGAUUGGUGCACACUAUUGCAUUACUUGUCGCAAACACUCAAGUUGACACCGUACAUUCGUCCUGUCACAAUCGGUGAAUCAUUGCGCUUUCGAAAUUCACGAGAUACUGCGAAUCUGGAUACCCGACGCGUAAAUUUAAUACCGGCUAGCAGCACGUUCGGUUUGAUUGACGAAGAAGUCCCCAAGACGACUGACCAAAACACUCAUGAGCGCAUCUUUUUACAUGAUGGCGCAAAAGCUCUUUCUUCACAGGAUAGCGCUCAUAUACACCCCGCUUGCUUUGGUAUCCACCAAAAAUCAUGGGCUGACUUACAAAAAUGUUUAAGUUCAGCUGACGCGGCUACCCGAUCGCCUGUUUUCUUUUUUAAGAGACCCAAUGAAGAAUCGGGGAGUUCUUUUAAUGACUCAGCUUCUGGACCUGAAAUCAUAGCCCAGGCGUCUUACGUUCUAAAUCUGAAUCCAGACUUGCGACUAUCACAAGGAUUUUUGUCUCGAGUUGGAAAGGGGCUUGCUCUUACGCGGAUCGAUUUGAUUCGGAGCACCUCACUCGAAAAAUAUCUGGGAGACGAGGUCAAGCGGAGUUCUUCACGUACGAAGCGUAUGCACGACAUUCCUGGACUUGGGGAUUUGUAUUCAGACGAUACACUCUCCGAGGAUGCUUCAGCUAUCACGCAGUAUGUGGUGCGAUGCCAAAUAUGGAUCCGGGGCUCCUUACAUGCAAAAGAGGUGAGCCAAAUCAUGGAGACUUUUCUGGAUGAAGCGUUGUACGAUUUGCACUUAGAAGCGAUUAUUAAAAGAUUUCAGUCAUGUGGCGCCAACAGUGCGGAAGCGACUUGUAUAUCUGAUCUUGAAAGGAGAAUGCCUGCAGAUGUAAACACACUGGUGACACUCCUAAAGAGUGCAAGUCAAUUGCCAUCAUCAUCUGUUACUUGCCUUGGAAUGAAUGUUAAUGUCGCACCUUGGGAUCUUGAAAAUGGUAUCGCGCAGAUCCAGACCUUCUUGAACUGCCUUCCAUCUCAUUUACGGCCGGCAAUUUAUGCAAAGUCCCGGCGUACAGGUACUUAUGAAUGCGCUAAUAGGCAUACUUACUCGCUUCAAAACGAACCACCUCCACUCAAGUUUCGGCUGGUGGCGAAGCACACGGACAUGCCGGAGAAUUGCGAUGAUGCUGACUCGAGUGAUUCGGAUACAGAAACGGUUGCGACUGUGAGCUCUGCGCUUCAGCACAUUGAACCGCUGAUGCGAGCUGACUCUGUUCAUUCUGAGACAUCGGAAAUGGAUUCAGUAUCGGGGAGGGCGACCUUCGCGUGGACAUCUGCUGGUGCCAGCUCCGAUUUAAGUUUAAUCUCGCAAGUACCAACCGCGCUCUCGGCAUCGUCGACGAAUUCCUCAACAGUUGGAGUAAUGGCAGGCCUAACCAAUCGACCACACCUUUUGAAUAAAGGGACAUUUACAGAAAGAGACGUGCUGCUAUAUCCAAGCAGCAGCAAUAGUUUUCAUCGCCAUCACCAGCUUUUGACGUCUUGUGAACACGGGGAGAUCAAACGAUCCUUGUUCUAUGUGGUGGACUUGUCUACGAAUAAGGGCCUACGCUUUCUCGGUUACAACAUGAGCUCAGCUCUGGUAGAGGCCUUAGCUACGCAGUUGGCUCGUCUGUUGACAUGGAACUCACUUCGUGAAAAACUAUUGCGAAGUUUGUUGCUCGAAAAAGUCGGUCUUUCAGCAGCUGCUCCCUUGGGCGCUGUCGUAUCACAGCCUCGUAAUUUGUUCGUGACUUUCGGAAAGACGGAACAGAUUGGAAAAGGUGUCAGUCAGAAUCCAGUCGCGUUUUGCAAAGAUUCCGCGGUGCACUUCAUUGAUUAUGAAGCUCCUGUGCUGUCUGUACUGCAGUCGAACGAACGGUUUCCUCAAGUGUUGGAUCCAAGUCAUCUGCGCUCGAUCGAUGGCACCGCACUUGGAGUAUAUUUACGUGAGGCGCAAGCUCAACCGACUAUAGAAGCACUCGACCCACAAUACGCACGCCCUCGAGGGAGGAGUAAUACAAAUCUUAGUGGCUCUAUUGGCUCAUCAGGUAUUUCAGAUCUGACACGAGAUGUACCUGGACAAUCUUUGUCGCAACAGAGCUCACUUGGUAUCGGAGACGCCCCAACCAACUUAUUCCCAUUCGGGACAAGCCGCAGUGGAAUUGUUAGCAGCAGUAACGUCAUGAAUAGCAUGACAUCGUCCCCAAGUAAUCAGAUGAUAAAUUCGAGUGCUGCUUUGCCAAAUCCUAGUGGAGAUCGGGGUGAGACAACAGCUCGAAUACUUGGGGGGGGGAAAUCAGGAGCUGCAACUGCUUUGAUGGCAGCUCGGGCGCGAGCGAGGGGCGGAAACAGCUUUGCGAAUAAUCGAAUGGGUGGAAAACCGGCGGUAAAUGCAGGAAAUAGGGAUCCCAGAGAUCCUAGCGCAUUCACAAUCGUCUCUACCGAAGACAAAAUCGCGCCAUGGGAUUUGCCUUUGACGAAUAAGAAAGGGUCGAAAUCACAUAUUUUAGAAAAUGAGGUGGAAUCGAAAGCGGACAAAAGCCGGGAUGGUAUUUCUCCCACGGUGUCACAUGCGCAACAUUUCACCGGAUCGGAAAAAGUAGCAAAUACUGGCUUAAAGAGCACGCCCAGUGGAGCAAUUCGCCAUGUACGAAGAGGAUCCCGAAAUCUCAGUUCGUCUAUGAUAGGAUUAACGGCGUCUUCAUCUUCGUUAUCUGAGCUGACAUCACUGACAGCGUCUACUCACCGACGACUCAAUGACGACGCGUCUUUGUUGUAUCAAGGCCGAGUCCGCACUUCCUGGAAGAAGAAAUUGAAAUGUGUAUGGAGACCCCGUUUCUUGUUUUGUAGCCACACCAAGAGAUGGGAAAUGAAUGUUACAGAUUGCCGCCCGUUUCAAGAACUCGAAGAAGAUGAAAAUCAGCUUAACAAGAAACAUUCGCCUCUUCAAUUUUACUGUGCAGUUUUUCAAAAGCGCUGGGAAGCAUAUGAGACGCAAUCAAUCAGUCACACAGUGGACAUGAAGUUGUUACAAAAGCUUGCGUCGUUGCGUGCAGAAGAAGAGCUGGAGGAGCCUAUUUCAAAUGAUAUUGUGGAGAGUUUAAUAGAAAGCGGACAUACCUUGUUACAUCAACGCUUUCGAGCUGCUUUUGUGGAGCGAUGGGAAACAGCAGAAAUUAUUAGGUGUGUUCCUGAUAGCGACGAUGCAGGAGUCCUGCAUGCACUACAGUCAUGCAUGGAAUUAAUUCACUUACUUAGCUACAAGCGAGAGUUUGUGUUUGAUGAAGACGACUGCGCUGUGGCGAAACUUUACACAGAACAUACUGUCCUUAGCAUGGAUGCUAGUAUCGGAGCUGACAUCUGCACUAUUAAGCAGCAAGUUGCUACAAACUUAAUGCCGCUACGUUUAAAAGUAGUGCGCGAAUUUUACAACGAAUAUAUCGUGCAUUUGCGCACCCUAGGAUUUCGUCGGCUCUGGACAUUGACGGCUGGUAGCCAUGCACGUGCAUGCUCUGACGUUUCCAAUGCUGCAACAGCCGUUCACGAAGUUUCAGGUGAAGGAGGCUUUUCCGCAUACUUUUAUCAUUCGGAAAGAGCUUUAGAAAAAAUGGAUUGCUGGAAUUUGGGUACAAAUCAUCCCAAUUUGGAGUCAGCCUCUAUCGUUGUGCUUAAAGUAAUAUGCGACAACCAGGGUAUGCUACUGAAUGCUGUCCUUAUAAGCACAAAUGAUCUAAAGCAGCAAGACAUGUGUUUGCAGCAUCAUUUGGCUAGAAAUGCCGGACAAAAUGGUAUUGGAGUUUCAGGAGCAGAACUGCAAAGGGUGACGUCGUGGUUACGUGCUCAACUGCAGACACAAGCUCUCAUAUAUGGAUUUACUAUUCGUUAUUUUCAGCAGCAUUUGCUUCAGUGGUUGGGUGCCCUGUACAAGUAUCGUCAACGAGACAAUGGACAGAGUCAAACAGCUGGAAAGCCUUUACGUGAGAAUGAUACCCUUGCAGAGACGCCACCUCUGAUCUGGAAAAAAAUCUCCACUUUCCAAAAUAUUGUCAAAGGUCUUCAGUGCUUUUUGGAGGCUUUCCCGAACCCACCAGAAACAUUUAAAGCCUUUACAAUGUCGUCGCCAGCAACCAUAUAUACAGGUAACAAGCUCACGACAACAAAAUUGGCAGAGACUGAAGCACGCGAAAACGAUAAUAAUUGUUUAGCUUUGCGCUCAGUAAUGCACUCUCGGCGGAGUUCGACGAAACAGUUUCAUCACCAGCCGUCCAUUUCUUCGGCUUCAUCUGAAAUUGACUGCGCAGCAAAGUCCACACUGCCUUUGUCGAUGCUUUGGCGAGACUGUGUACUCCGCAUGAUAACGUUGACGUUACCAAAUUCCUUACUGCAAUCAAAUUGCUCGAGACUUAUUAUGCUACAAAUUUUAUUGCGGUACAUCGCGUGUCAUGGUUCGCGUUACAAGGUAAUCGACUUACUGCAGUUUGGUACUCCGGAUACAAUUGCGUGUCACUCAAUUACAGGAAGCUUUUUUCGUCGUCCUCCUAACGCAACACCGUCCACACAUGGCUGCCUAGGAAAUAAUUCGAGCGGAUAUUCGCUAAUAAUAACAACGCAACCAGUAGCUUACAAGCCUCGUGACAAAAAUUCGUUACAGCUUUUGCUUCUGAGGAGUGCUCCUACCGAAUCAGGUUCCGUAAUGGAGGUGCUUCCUGUUGAAGGUGCACUGGAAGAAGCUCAGCUUUUUACUCGAGAACUGUUCCGUGUCGCUGCUCAACACUAUGAACGUGAUCUACUGUGGUCUCGAUUGCUGUACGAUAACUCACGCGACCCCGGUUUUGACAUAGCUCACAAAUUGGCCCUUCCGUCAGAUUUGUUCUGCGUGGAAGUCGGGCCUCAGCAGCUGGAAGAGUGUCUUCGGUUUUCAAUCUGUACGCCUUUAGAGGCUUUGGAUCCGCGAUUAGACGAACUGCUUCGAGUAUCUGAUGUUUGCUGGCAGGAGCUUGCACUGCGACUUCGGGAUAUAUAUGCAGACCAACUGCGAGAGUUCCAGUUUCAAGAGGAAAAUGAAAAGAGCAAUCAUCUACUUCUACUCUGUCCCAACGCGUUUGAUCUGAUUAUCCACUUGACAUUUAUAUCGCCGAAAGACUCAGAGAGGCAGGGCGACGACAGAAUUGUGAGAGGUAACAAAUAUGACUGUAUUGAUUGUUUGAGCCAAAGUGAUGACAGUUUAGUCAGCAGCUCAAACGAAUUGUUUAAAAAAAGUGACUUACGCAUGGAAAUAUGUCGCCGCGAAGAGCCUAGCAACAAGCAAUUCACCUUUGCACAGCGGCGCUCUAUCUCUGAAUUUGUCAAUAGCAUCGUGCAUUGGCAGUGGCGAAGUCUCAUUUAUGAUUGA